AUGUUGGCCAUCAUCGUCAUCAUCGUCAUCAUCAUCCUGAGGGUCCCACCAGGGUGUGGGCAUGGGGGUGUGAGGGGGAGAUCCUUGGCAGCGUUGGCCAUCAUCAUCAUCAUCCUCGUCAUCAUCCUCGUCAUCGUGGGGGUCCCACCAGAGCAUCAGCAUCGGGUGUCAGCACCAGGGUGUGACCCCUGGAUCUUCCUCAUCUUCGUCAUCCUCCUGCUCCUCAUCGUCAUUGUCGUUAUUGUCAUCAUCAUCAUCAGGGGAGACCCUGGAGAUUUUGGGGACCCCCCAAAACGCCGUCGGGGAGACCCCGGAGACCCCCCAAAGCACCGGAGGAGGGACCCCCAGGACCCCCUGGAAGACGAGGACGCGGAGCCCAGGAGGCACCACCGACGAGAGGACCCCAAAGACCCCCCAAAACGCCACCGGGGUGACCCCAGAGACCCUGGAGAUUUUGGGGACCCCCCAAAACGCCACCGAAGUGACUCUGGGGACCCCCCAAAACGCCACCGAAGUGACCCCAGAGACCCUCAGGACUCCCCAAAACGCCACCGAAGUGACCCCAGAGACCCUGGAGAUUUUGGGGACCCCCCGAAACGCCACCAAAGCGACCCCGGGGACCCCGGGGACUUUGGGGACCCCCCGAAACGCCACUGCGGUGACUCUGGGGCCCCUCAGGACUCCCCAAAACGCCCCCGGGGUGACUCCGAGGACCCCCCAAAACGCCACCCAAGUGACCCCAGAGACCCUCAGGACCCCCCAAAACGCCACCGAAAUGACUCUGAGGACCCCCCCAAACGCCACCAAAGUGACCCCAGAGACCCUGGAGAUUUUGGGGACCCCCCGAAACGCCACCAAAGUGACCCCAGGGACCCCGGGGACUUUGGGGACCCCCCGAAACGCCACCGCGGUGACUCCGGGGACCCUCAGGACCCCCCAAAACGCCACCGGGGUGACUCUGGGGCCCCUCAGGACCCCCCAAAACGCCACCGCGGUGACUCCGGGGCCCCUCAGGACUCCCCAAAACGCCCCCGGGGUGACUCCGAGGACCCCCCGAAACGCCGCCGAAGCGACCCCGGGGACCCUGAGGCCCCGGCGCCGUGCCCAGGUGUGCCCGGGGCUCACCUGUCGGAGCUGGGCUGGGCCCUGCUGCACUACCUGUCCUUCCGCCAGCGCGGCUCCUUCUCGCGCCUGGCGCGGCUGCAGCGGGAGCGGGCGGCGCUGCCCAUCGCCCGCUACCGCCGGGAACUGGUGGCACUGGUGGCCCAGCACCAGGUGCUGGUGGUGGCCGGGGACACGGGCUGCGGCAAGUCCACCCAGGUGCCCCAGUACCUGCUGGGCGCCGGCUACGGCCAGGUGUGCUGCGCCCAGCCCCGGCGCGUGGCCUGCGCCGCCCUGGCGCGCAGGGUGGGGCUGGAGACCCUCGGCAGGUACCAG